GUUAUGGGACACAAAAAUAUUGUCCCAAACAUAGAUCCAAAGGGCCUAGGUAAAUUAACUUCUCUUUGGCUUCAAAAGUGCGAUUAUAUGGAAUGCUUGGUGGACACAACAGGAGAGAAGGGACCAACUGCAUUCUCUGAUUUGGUGAAAUUAAGAAUGAGGAAAAUGACUUGGUUGAAAGAGUUGUGCCAUGGUCCGCCUCCGAUUAGCUUCUUACAAAAGUUAAAAGAUGUGACCAUUGAACAUUGUACGAGGUUGAAAGUGGUAUUUGAAAUGGAUGGGCUUCUUGAAAAGGAAGAAAUUAGUCAGAUGCCGCUACUCUCAAAUUUAACAAGUUUGAAUCUAUCUUUUUUACCAGAAUUGGAGAGUAUAUGGAAAUCACAAUCAAUCCAUCAAUAUCAUGCAAGCCUCCGAAGUCUGAAGGUUGUAAACAUUUCGUGGUGUGAUGAAUUGAAAGCGAUCUUCCCGCCUUGCCUUGCUCAAAGUUUGUUGCAUCUACAAGAACUUGAAAUAUUCGAGUGCGAUAGAUUAGAACAAGUCUUUGAUUUUCCCCAAGAAGUGGGAGAGCUUGAGGUACGACCACUCUCUAAUUUAACUUCUUUGGAGCUAAAGUCAUUACCAGAAUUGAAGUGGAUAUGGAAAGGGCCCACCCAUCUUGUUAACCUCCAAAGUCUUAAGACUAUGAUAAUAUGGGGGUGUAAGCAACUGGCAUAUCUCUUUUCGACUCCCCUUGCUCGAAGUUUGGAGCAUCUGGAAGUACUCGUAGUAAGCCAUUGCGAUUCUUUGGAACAUUUAAUCUUCGAUGAAGCAGAAAAUGAGGAUGAAAUAGUUUCAAACAUGAAUGGCUAUCCUCUCCGCUGGCCUAAGUUGAGAACUCUCAAGAUAAUUAAUUGCGGAAGAUUGAAAUAUGUGUUUCCAAUCACUUUGGCUCAAGGACUUCCUUAUUUGGAAUCUGUUGAGAUAACUGAUUGUUCUCAACUAAAGCAGGUCUUCAAUAUGACAGAGGACAAGGGUGGGCGUCCACUACAAGACAUUGUGCUACAGAGAUUGCAAAUUUUAAGGCUUAAAAAUUUAGAGAAGUUGAGUAGUUUUUGUCUAGAAAAUUUUGUCAUAUCAUUAUCUUUGAAGGCGUUCGAAGUUUGCAAUUGUCCCCAAUUAACAGAGUUCACGACGUUGCAAGCCCAUUUAAAGGAUGUCCCAUCAUAUGGUUUCAAGGAAUUGUUAUGCAAUGUCAAAGAACUUACCAUGGAUGGAUUCAUGUAUCACAAUUUGAAACAUCUCUUCUCACCAUCACUUGUUCAAAGCUUGGUAAUGCUAGAAAAACUCAAGAUAGAACUCUGCGAUGAACUGGAACACAUUGCCACGGAGUUGGAAAUUGAUAAUAAUGUAGAAUCAGACGGUGGCCUUCUCCAUCAUCCGCCCUGGCCAAAAUUGACAUCUCUUGAAAUACAUGGGCAUAUUAGGUCCUUACAAAAGUUAAAAGAUUUGACCAUUCGAUCUUGUAAGCGGUUGAAAGUGGUAUUUGAAAUGGAUGGGCUUCUUGGAAAGGAAGAAAUUAGUCAAACGCCGCUACUCUCAAAUUUAACAAGUUUGGAUCUAUCUUCUUUACCAGAAUUGGAGAGUAUAUGGAAAUCACAAUCAACCCAUCAAUAUCAUGCAAGCCUCCGAAGUCUGAAGGUUGUAAACAUUUCGAGGUGUGGUGAAUUGAAAGCGAUCUUCCCGCCUUGCCUUGCACAAAGUUUGUUGCAUCUAAAAAAUCUCUCCAUAUGUUACUGUUAUGGAUUAGAGCAAAUCAUUGAUUUUCCCCAAGAAAUGGGUGAGCUUCAGGUACGACCACUCUCUAAUUUAACUUCUUUGGAGCUAAAGUCAUUACCAGAAUUGAAGUGGAUAUGGAAAGGGCCCACCCAUCUUGUUAACCUCCAAAGUCUUAAGACUAUGAUAAUAUGGAGGUGUGAGCAACUGGAUAUCUCUUUUCGACUCCCUUGCUCGAAGUUUGAGCAUCUGGGAGUCGCUCCGAAAUAA